AUGCACCGACUCAUCCUCCUAACUAUUCUGCUUGCAGGAGAAGUCACCAGCAAGCAGCGAUGCCAAAUAGGAGAUGACUGCGGCGGGUGCACACUUGCACAGGAAGGCGACAAAUGCACGGAUGAAUCAACGACAGAAUCACUUUAUUGUGAUCCAAAAACAAACAAAGCAGAUGUGUAUGAGAAUGCUUUUCUCGUUUGCAACACUUUGAAAAACAAACUUGAACGCAAACUGUGCACUCACGGGGAAUUCUUCAUUGACGGGAAGUGCCGCAGCGGUCAUAUUCGCUACAAACGUCAAGGAAUCGCCGGCUCUGGCCGAGUGGGCGACUUCUGCUCAUUCAAUACCGAUUGUCUGACAGGCAUGUUUUGCUCGGCCGGAUCGUGUACCUGUCUGAGCAACUUCGUUGCAAUCCAAGGCUACUGCUAUCUCAAGAAAAACCCUGGGGAAAGUGGCUGUCAGUAUGCCGAGCAGUGCAGCGCUGUUUGGCCAGAGAGUCGCUGCGAAAAGUCUCGAUGCGAAUGUCCAGAAGACGUCAAUGGUAUCCCAUAUGUACAGGCAAAAACUCGCGACGGUGUCGUAUGCAUCCUCCAUUCCGGCGAGGACGGCGAUCCCGUCCCUAAAUGUCCGUUACCGGAAUAUGAUGAUGACUUAUUGACGAUGCCAGUUUCACAGCUGAGGAAUCCAGCUAUGACCGACCCAGACGAUACCGAUGUGGAACUGGGUGAACAUGUGAAUCCUCUUCAAUUCUGCUCUUCUUCUUCAACAGAUUACACAAACUUUGUCGCCAAUGGUGGUGGAGCUUGCGUAUACUCACAGGACCCACAGAGUGGGGACGGCAUCUACAUCACAGACAUCUAUGACUGCGUCACUUCAGUCGCAUCCAUGGCUAACGUAAAAACUGCGAUGGAGGGCGUUUAUGACAUCAGCCCGGCUGCUGAUGGAAUUUGCUGCCCAAACAGAGCAUUUACCUGCAUCCAGCCAAAACGAGAAGCCGACACGGGUGCGGCAGCACCCGCGGGUGUGCGGCCACGCUGGUGGUACAACGCAGUCACUGGCACCUGUGAACAGUUCAUGUGGGACCCGUGGGAUGAGACGGAGAUGCAAUCACCUAACAACUUCAAGACUCGCGAACAUUGCGAAUCCUACUGUCGAGAUACUUGCAAACGCGGAUCACCUCAGUACGUAACCGGUGGCUCCCAAAACGAGGACGAGCCCAUCAACAACUGCCAAACAGCUUCCUCGUGCACCUCUAAUUACGAGUGCACGACGAUUGGUUCGAUGCAAAUGUGCUGCCCCACAGUCUCGUCCAUUUGUAGCAAUACAGGUGGUAGACCAGCUGACAUUGUUCGCAACACUAACUUCGAUCCAGGAGUAACCAUGAAGAGGAGCUUCAGUCUGUCGUUCUCUACAUCCAGCAGAUAUUACUACGAUGCUGAACAAGGCCGAUGUAUCGCUUUCACCUACAACGGAGCUUUAGGAAACUUCAAUAACUUCAAAUCUGCCGCUGAUUGCGAAUUAUUCUGUGCUAAGCUACAGUGCAAAUAUGGUACUCCACUGAAAAUUGGCGCUGCUAACCAGCGUUGCAGCACAAACGGUGAUUGCCCGAGUACCCAUGAAUGUCAGAGCGACCAUAACGUCUGCUGUCCACGUCCUCAAGCGAUUUGUUCGCAACCGCUACGAUUGGGUGAUUGUAAGCAAAGCGUGCGCCGCUAUUGGUACAACGCUGUGACGCGCGCCUGCGAGAUUUUCGACUACACCGGAUGUCAGGGCAACGACAACAACUUUGAAACAUUGCUCGAGUGUCAGAAUACUUGCGAGAACAUAAUUCCUGAACCUCAAUGUCCUCAGGGAGAUGCAUAUAAAGACUACCAAGGCAACUAUUAUGUGUGUUCUAACUCUGGAGCUGGAAAUUCAUGCCCUGUGAACUAUGAGUGCUACUUCGACGGAUACGUAUGGGGAUGUUGUCCAACUAAGGCCUACACCUGCACCCUCUCACCUCACAAAGGAGUGACUUGCGGGAGUGGUUCUUCCUAUCGCUACUUCUACAAUAGCCAAACACAAGAAUGCGAAAGUUUUCAAUAUAAUGGCUGUGACGGGAACUCAAACAAUUUUGCCACCAGAGAUGACUGUGAGAGUUACUGCAGUGUUGGUGGCUGCCCAUCUGGGGGUACCCCUGAAAGGAACGAGUUCGGUCAGUUGAUGGUCUGCUCCGCCGCACAAGUGUGCCCGACUACGCACGAAUGUACAUCAGUGAACUCCGGAAGCAGCGUGGUCAAUCGCUGUUGUCCUACUCGGUCUUACAUCUGUUCACUCCCUCCUCAACAGGGCAGUGCGUGCUCCUCCUCCGCCGCAGCUCGCUACUAUUUCAACAUUGUUACUAAAGAGUGUACCCAGUUCACAUACAAUGGGUGCAGCGGAAAUCUGAACAACUUCGGAACCAUUGAGCAAUGCAACAAUUUCUGUUUGUCCGCUGCCUGCACACCAGGAGAUGUCGCUUACGUCAAUCCGAACACGAAUAUGCCGUACGAAUGCAAUGCUGCUUUGAGUAACAGUUGUCCAUCUAACUUUGCCUGUACGUAUGAUCAAUUAUCCGGAACAAGUGUGUGUUGUGGCGCUACUCAUAUGGAGGUAUGUCCCGAAGGCGAGAAAGCUUACGUGAACGCUGUAGACAUGAGCGUUCGCGAAUGUCUCAUCAACGUUGAAGGAUCCUGCCCCAGCAACUACUUGUGUCGAUUCAAUGCUCUCAAAAACCGCUACUAUUGUUGCGCUUCUAUCACUGGAGACCUGUGUCCAGCUGGAAAAGCUCUGUAUAGGGAGCCAUCAUCAAAGUCACCUAUUAGGUGCACCAUUAGCAGUAGCAGCAACCAAUGUCCUACUGGGUAUUCAUGUCAGUCCGACGUUCCUGGAGCAUUCCAAGGAUAUUGUUGCUCGGCUAGUCAUAUAUGUCCCAACAAGGCUGAGUUUUACCUUGAGGAGAACAGCCAAAUGCCGAGAUCAUGCACCGUCGGCGCAUUCAUCACUUGUCCAACAGGAUACAGCUGCCAGAGCACACAAUCUGAGUUCACAACGGGUCACUGUUGUAAGGGAGAAAUCGCUUCAGUUUCAGACGGUUGCCCUCCCAACGAGUACGUGUUCAUGAAAGACAACCAAAUUGCUGCUUGCGAUCCAUUCAACCCACCGAACGCUCCGUGUCCUAACGGCUACUCGUGCCAGUGGUCGCUCUCCAACCAACGCUACCAGUGCUGCGGAGCCACUCCCAUCACCACUCCUAAGUCUAUUGCCGCACUCGGGUGUCCAAAUAAUCAAGUUGCAUAUCGGGACGUCGCCACUAAUGCUCCGCGAAUUUGCACCGCUGCGUCCCAAAACUGUCCUACUGGCUACUUUUGUCAAUUCUCCACUGCCAACAAUCAGUUUCAAUGUUGUGGAAUGUCUGGCGGAUGUCCGAAUGACUCGGUUGCCUUCAUUGGUAUUACCGGAGAACCGCAGAGUUGCGCUAUAGGACAAAGCACUUGUCCUAAGGGCUACUCGUGCCAAAGAAGUAUCAGUGGAUUACAGUUGUGCUGUACCACAAGCGAACUGACCUGCACCGGAAAUCAAGUUGCUGUUGACGGCGCCUGCCUCAAUCGAGUAGCGUUCGGCGAAGCGUGCACAAACCAAGUCCAAUGCCCGACAAGCUCUAUCUGCAAGAACAGUCGGUGCAGCUGCCCUGAUGGUCAGAGCUUCGUUAAUGGAGCGUGCCAAGCGGGCUGCGGAGAAAACGAGGUGGAUGUCAAAGGCGUUUGCCUACGCAAGGUCGAAAUUGGUGAACCCUGUGAAGCUGACGAACAAUGCCAAGGAGGUUCUACCUGUGACGGAGGACACUGCGAAUGCCCGGAUAGUGAAGAGAAGGUUGACGGCGUAUGUGUGAAAAAGAUGGGCUCUCGUAAAGUCACUACUUGUCCUAUUGCCGGACAGAUGCCUUACAUAGAUAAGCUUACUACUAACGUUCGCUUCUGUCAACCAGCUAAAAACACUUGUCCUCAGGGAUACAGCUGCCAGUUUUCCGAAACCGCACAGCAAAACAUUUGUUGUGGAGGUAGCAACAAGACUAGAUUUUCGAAAAUUACCGAGACAGGAGCACCUGGUCCUGACAUCGAUACUGACGAGUCCGAGUCGGAAACUUCUUCCGCCACAACAUCUAAGCCUGAAGUGUGCGAGAAAGGAUCAGCCUAUCUCGUGAAUGGGGUUCCGAAACAGUGCACGACCAGUCCGUGUCCUUCCGGCUACAAAUGCACCUUCUCCAGACUAAAUAAGAACUACUACUGCUGUUCCGCGUAUUCAACUAGUCACGGAUGUCCUUCCGGAGUUGCACUGUUGUUCCCGUCAACUGGUACACCUGUGCAGUGCAGUAACACAGGUCCAACUUCUUGUCCAGGUGGAUACAGAUGCGUGCGCAGCACUAUAACGAAACGAUUACAAUGUUGCUCAACCGGAGAGAAUGCAGUCAAAAGACCUGACUCAAAGAACAGGGUUGUCAACAACAGGAAAGAAUAUGGAAACGGACCCUGUCCGGGUGGCCAAGUGCAAGUAUUACGAAUCGUGGGCGAACACAUAGUGAGAAAAUGUGAAUCGUCUUGUCCGCCGCACCAAGUUGCAGUACGUGGCAUUUGUCGUGACAAAUAUCAUUCUGACGAUCCAGCCAGCUUCAAUUUACUGCUAUGA